AUGCUGAACGAUCGAUAUAAUCAAAGACGCUCUACUUAUGAAGAGAACUACCGAGCGCUGGAAAACCUGAUGAAACCGAAUGGUUACAUGAAGGUCAAAGACAGAAAUGAAACAAAUGAUUUUUGUCCGCAAAAUGAGGAACCGUCGUAUAUACCUGAUGGAUCUCGUCGUUCGAACAUAAAUUCGUAUCGAAAUACGCUGACGAAAAAUCGUGAAAUCGCUAAACUAAAAGCGAUUAUUUAUCAAAAAGACAACGAAUUUCUUGCUUUAGCCACAACACAUAAGAAUGCUCUGCUGAAAAUUGAAGAACGAAUGGAACGUGAACGAAAGGUUUGGAAUGACCAUAAAGAACUUCGUUUAUCCGACGAACGCGCAAAGUUUGAAGAGGAAAAAGCCUUUCUCAUACAAGAUUUUCAAUACAAAUUGCAUCUUGAACGCGAACGUUGCCAACAGCUGGAGUUGCAAUUGAAAGAAAGUGAUCGUGAACGUACCAAUACAAUUUAUCGAAUUAAAGUACAAUAUCGACAAGAAUAUGAAAAUGAGAUCAUACGCUUGAACGAACAGUAUCAAACGGAGAAAAAUAUGGAAUUGACUCGUUUGCAAGAACGUGUUCAGGAAUUAGAACAAACAGUAAAUCACUUAUCGGAUGUUUAUAAUGAUUCAAAUACCGUUCGUCAACAAUUAUAUAAUAGUUUGGAUGUAGCUGAAAAAACAUGCGUACGUUCGAUAAACGAUGCGAUCAAAACAUUACUUUUGACGAUGAAUCGACCCUCGCAUGUUUAUACAGCAAUUCCGAAUGUGUCAUCGUUUAUCUACGAUGAAGCUGCUCUUUUCGAACGAAAACCAACGCGAAUUCUUCUGAAAUAUCUUCUCAGAACUAUCGAAGAAAUCCGUGAUCACGUUGGUGAACAACGAGUCACACUUGAAAAUCAAACUAUGCUCUUAGAAAAGCCGAAAAUCAGCACGGAUCGAAGACUUCGAUCGUUCGAUGAAAACAGUUGUCAGGAUCAAACAAAUAGCUACUCGAAAUCUUCAAAAGAUAAUAGUGCUCACCCUACAUCUCAAACAUCGACUCGACCAAGUCAUACAGUUGAUAGUUUGCUGCAAAAGUUAGAAGAUCAUAUCGGCUUGGAAUUGAAUCGGUAUAUUGAAGUUAUGUUAAGUAAAAUUUUUCUCUUUACGGUCUAUCAUUUCAGUUUAUCUAAACAGCGAGCGACGUCGAGUCUUCAUCUUGAUGGACCGGAAAAGAUUGACUGUGAAUUUAAUUCUGAAAAUGAGAUCAAUCAAGAUAAACUUAUUCGACAUUUACAAAAUCGUAUCAACGAUUUACGAAGCGAUAAUAUGCGAUUACGAGAUAACCAACAUUCGAAAUCGAUUUCUUCAUCAUAUGAUGAAAUAAAACCGUCGAUACAUUGA